AAUCCGUUAGGCCUUCCAUCGAUCCUAUUUAAAGGAACUCAACGCCUCUUGUUUCCUAUUUGCAGCUGUUCGACGUGUGGAUUGCGUUAUUUUCUCUCAAUCUCCUUCAAAUUUUUUGGAUUACGAGCUUAUUUUCGAACAAAUUUAACCUUAAUUAAUUGAAAUUUAAAAUGGAUCAUCAUUCAGAGAAACAACAAUCUGUGAACAAUCUGGAGAUUGAUGAGGCAGAAAAUUCAAAUCGCGUGGAGGAAUUCGACUCGUCGUCAUCGGAGGAUAAUAUUUCGUACGAUGCCGUUUCGUCCGGCGGCGCGUGCACAUCAGUAGAAACCGACGUUGUUCAGUGGCUUUUGGCUCUGGAUUUACAGGUGAUGGGAGCUUGCCGAGUCGAUGAAAGGCUAAAGCCUUUGUUGAAGCUAGAUGUUUCCACCGGUGCUGCUGAAGAUCGAUUACUGGCUUAUCUUAGUCAAAAUUUUGAACCAUCAGAAGUUGGAAUGCUUGCGAGGUGCUUGUGCAUUCCACUCGUUUCAAUACGUGUUGGGAAGAUCAAGAAGCAGGGGACACUCUUGCGCCCGACCACUACAAGGGGAAACUUAAACCUUGCAAUUUUGCCAACAUCUGAGUUGAGCAUCUCAUUCAUUGGGGAUGAUGGUAGAACAGCGAGAGUUGGGACAUUUGAUAGUGAAUCUGAUUGCGCUGCCGUAGAAAUUAAGGAUAUCGUGUCAGACCAGUCUGGACGCUCUUUUCUUAUAAAUAUCCCUCACGGUGAGACUUCCUAUUUUUGGUGUUCAGAGAAGUCUAAGCUCCUUGGAGAUGAGUUGCGGAGAAAGAUGAGGGAUUUGCUUAAGAAGAAACCUUCCUUGGUUGAAUUAACUGGAAUUGAUGAAUCACGGCUGGACUGUUUUGCCAUUCAUCUUCGAGCUUAUCUCCUAGGUUCAGCUGCCACAAAUCCUCAAGCCAGUUCCAUUCUGUCAAGAGAUCCUUCAGCAGAUGGCUCUGUUAAUUCUUCUGAACCUGGUCUUAAUGCCCAGAUAUCAGUUGUAUCUCAGAAACCUCUGCUAUCUCAGCACUUCACUGGCCUAGGGUCAAAUACCAGCCUGAUGAGUAGCCUUAGACCUGUAUCUAGUGCUUUUAAAGAUAGAUAUCUUUCUUUUGUAGAUUGCCAGAUUGCAGGAACAAGUAGCACAGAUACACCUAGUUCUAAUUGUGUUGAAGAAGACAAGCUUGGAAGAGAAACUGGUCCUUCAAAAGUUUUGGAGCCACUUGUUGCUUGCCCUCCUUUCCGAGACCCUGCAGCUACUAUCCAUUCUCUGGAUUCAACAGUUUUCUCUCCUUAUUACUGUUGGUGCCCUCCUGCUGUAUCAACUCUGCAGUAUUCAGUUGGAACUCCAAACUUGCCUAUCUUGUCUACAGACUCAUUGUCAGUGCCACUACUCCCUUCAAUAGCACCUGCAUGUCCAUCUAGUAUUUUGACACCAAACCCACCUCUUGUCACUGAUCUAUCCAGUUUCGAUUUCCCAACUCUUUCGCCCGAGCCAGUGUUCAGGUUGCCAUUAUCUUUGGCAACGUCACAGCAAAUAUCUUCCUUCGCACCUUUUGUAUGCGAUCCUAUUGUCCAUAUUCCAGUUAUUGACGUUUGUUCUUCUGGACAAGGUUACUUGGUCAGUGCAGGUCCUGCUAUCUCGGGCACUAUUCCACAAUUGCACCCAAAUUUAUUGAAUCCCUUACUUCCAGAAACAGAUUCAGUGGCUGAGAAAAGUGCCAGAGAGACGCUUCGAUUGCUCAUUAAUAACUCGAAUCAGCCCAGCCCACAGCUGAUUGAUCUACUGCCGCCUGUGCUUUCUCGUAGUGAAGAGACACAAAAUAUGCUGGUUAGUGGAAGCAGGGGACUUUACUCUGGAACCAUAGAUGUUGAUACUAUAGCAAAUGGUUUUGCAAUUAAGGGUUUGGUUUCACUCUCCGAAAGGCCUGUCGGAUUGGUCGAUAAGAAGCAAACUAGUAUAGAAAAGUUAGUUUUUCCGAUGAAAAAACCAGGUAUUUCUGGUGAAUCUUCACUUGAUGAAGGUUAUAUUGAUUUCGAAGAGGAAAGAAAGAAAUGAUGAACAGAUUUCUCUAGUUUGUUUUCUUGUGCUUCAUGUUAUGUUGCAAAAAACUGUGAAUAUUUUCUGUAGCUUUGUAUUGUCAAAUGUAAUUAAUCCAAGUCUUUCCAUUCAAAUUAUCCCCUUUCCCCCUUCCCCUUACCAAUCCCACUAUGUAAUGGGAAAAAAGUUAAAGGAGGGAAACAGAAGUAUAACCUUUAAAUGACUAUCUAUGUAUAUUACCAUUUUAGGUUCUA